AUGGCGCCGCCAUCGACUUUAGAAGAACUCGAAGAAAUCCGCGAGCGUGAUCGGCAAGAGAAACGGGUCAAAGGGCUUGCAUGGGCUUUCACAGGCGUUCCUCACAGCAAUGAACAUGAAGACUCAUCUAGCGCCGGCACAUCCGGAAAUCUUGCGUUGCAGACCAAGUCACCAGAAAUCCGUGACUUUGAACGUCAAAAGGAGAGGGUGGACGGUCUUGGCUGGGCGUUCUCGGGCGUACAUCCGAAUGCGAAACUACUGGGAAAUGGGAUACAGUGCAAGUGGUCGUUCGUCUCAAGCGGAAUCAAGCCUCCAGUGUUGAUGCAGGUGAUCGAAGACACGGGUUCAACAUACAACUGGAUAUCGAGGGCACAGGCGGAGCGAUGUGGCUUGCAGUCCAAACGAGGGGCCCCAAUCCGCAGUAUGACGCUGACCGGGGAAGUGUUCAACUCCGAUGAAUACGUGGAUGUGCCUUGGCUGGGAAAGGUGCGCGGAACAGAUCAAUUCUACAUUGCACCACCGUCAACGCCCAUUCAGAUGCUUGUCGGAAACGUGUUCACCAGAAAUAACCCUGGUGUCUUAUUGGACCAAGAGCCUGGCUGCGAUCCCAUGUUGUUGGUCAUGGCGUCCAGAAUGACGAUCCAGGAGAAGGAGGAGAUGGAAGCCACGAGAGCAAGACACGAGGAAGAGGCAAGAACUCUCGAGGAGAAACGAAGCCAGCAUCGGCUGCGUGGCAUGCAGGCUGCGCCAGCAGUGCCGGUCCCGACACAGUCUGCAUCCUUUUCGAGACAGACCACUUUGACUACUCCGACAUCCCAGGAGGGUGCUAAGUCUACUUGGUGA